AUGUCCGAAUCGUUCGCCGCGCUCCGCAGCCGCCGUACCGACGAGCUCGCCCGACUCGCCGACGAGCACCUGCAGCACGACCUCCAGCCCGAGGACCGCGAGACUCUCAAAGCCGCCGCCUCUAAAGUCUCUUUGUGGACGACAGUUGGGUCUGCGGUGGGUCUUGGGCUUGGGCUGUUCGCUGCGAUCCGGCUCCGAAGUACACGCAAGGCAUUUUUCGCAGCCGUGCGCGCGCAGGAGAAGCCUUCUAAGGUGAUGUUUGCUGAUGGACGGACCGAAUCUAUCCCCGAUCUCACACCGCUGCUGAAGCCCACAGCCCUGGGCGAUUUCGCGACAUACUUCUUUGCCUCGGCUGGUGGUUUGUUUCUGGGCGGAGAACUUGGGUUUGCUGCGGGAACUGCGAGUGGCAGUCGCAGCAUUACGGCUGAUCCCGAGAAGCGGAAGAGAAUCGAGAAUGCCUUUCGAGGGUUCCGUGCCGAUAUGCUGCGCAGAGAAGCAGAUGCGUUGGACAAGGGGGCUAAUGUCACGGACAAGAUGUUCUAA